AUGAGUGAGCAUACAAUAAACACUUUUCUUGGGAUGCGGUACCUUCUCGUUACCCUCUUCAUAUCACUCUCCAUAGCAAUCACAUCAGCACAGUGGGGAUGGGGACCUCCACGACCCUUCUUUGGACCUUUCGGACCUAGACCUUAUGGAGGAUUCGGCCCACGACCUUUUGGAGGACCAGGAUUUGGUCGCCCUUUCGGUGGAGGAGGCGGAUUUGGUGGAGGUGGAGGCCCGCGAGGAGGAGGCGGAUUUGGUGGAGGUGGAGGCCCACGAGGAGGAGGCGGAUUUGGUGGAGGUGGACAAGGAGGAAGCGGAUUUGGUGGAGGUGGAGGCGGACAAGGUGGCGGUGGCGGAAGAGGAGGAGGUGGUGGAGGUGGAGGAGGUAACCGUGGAGGAGGCGGUGGAGGACGUGGAGGAGGUGGUGGCGGUGGUGGACGAGGCGGCGGUGGUGGAGGACGAGGCGGUGGCGGUGGCGGACGAGGAGGUGGCGGCGGUGGAGGACGACGUGGAGGAAAUAAGAAGAACGGAUAA